UGGUUACGCGCCGGAAGUUGUGCGACUCUAACUCAUGCUUCUGAAACAAAGCUAAGGACGCUUGCUUUGAUCAUUUUCAUUAUAAUAGCCCAUUUGGCCAACUGUUCAAAUAUUACAUUAAACCCGUCGUUCUACGGAAUAUCCCAAAAGACAGCAUGGCUGCAGACUGGUUAGGUAGUCUGGUGUCGAUAAACUGCGGAGAAACUCUGGGGGUGUACCAAGGCGAGGUGUCGUCUGUGGACCAGUCCAGCCAGACCAUCUCCCUCAAACAGCCCUUCCACAAUGGAGUCAAGUGCCCUGUGCCCGAGGUCACUUUUAGUGCCGUGGACAUCAAGGAGCUGAAGGUCCUGGAUAUAGUGAGUGGUAGAGGUGGUGUGGUUCCGAAGAGCAGCGAUUCGGUCUCAGUCCCACACCCAGGACACCAUAAGACCCAGGACAGGCUGGCUUCACCGCAGCAGCAGUGCUCGAAAAGCUACGGCGAUAAACACCUGGAGGUGCCGGGCCAGCCCAAGGGUUUCCGACGGAGACACAACUCCUGGUCGUCCAGUAGUCGGGGCGCCAACCAGGUCACCCCGAAGAAGAGCGUUGUGAAGAACGGAGGAGGUGGUCAGAGGCAGCACAGGGACGAUGAGUGUUUCGGGGACAAUAUGGACGACGGGCUGGACACAGACUUUGACUUCGAGGGGAACCUGGCGCUGUUCGACAAAGCUGCCGUGUUCUCACAGAUCGCCGGGUCGGAUCGCCGCGGUAACGGGGCCCGGUCGCGCGGUACGCCGCAAGAGCAGCAGCCGUCGCAAUACCGCCACGACAAGAACAUUCUAGAGACCAAACCUGUGGUUUACAGGCAGAUAGUUGUCCCUCAGCCUGGGGCCAAAGAGUAUUGCACUGACUCGGGCCUGGUGGUGCCCAGUAUUUCCUAUGAGCUGCACAAGCGUCUGUUGUCAGUAGCUGAACGUUAUGGCCUCUCAUUGGAGAGGAGGCUGGAGAUGACAGGUGUGUGUGCCAGUCAGAUGGCCUUGACGCUGCUGGGCGGGCCCAACAGACUGACCCCUAAGAAUGUGCACCAGCGGCCCACUGUGGCCCUACUCUGUGGGCCUCACGUCCAGGGGGCCCAGGGCAUCAGCUGUGCUCGUCACCUGGCCAACCACGAGGUGGAGGUCAUAAUCUUCCUGCCUAACUUUGUCAAGGUGCUGGAUGCCGUCUCCAGCGAGAUCACGCUUUACACCAAGACAGAGGGCAAACAGGUCUCCAGUGUUGAAGAGCUUCCGGACAGCCCCGUGGACCUUAUCAUCAACUGCCUGGACUGUCACGAGAACACCUUCCUUAUGGCCCAGCCGUGGUACCAGAACGCUGUAGACUGGGCCAAUCAGAACAGAGCUCCCGUGCUCAGCCUGGAUCCUCCAGUCAGCGGACAGGGCCACGCCGUAGAAGCCAAGUGGACACUGUCUCUGGGUCUCCCGCUACCGCUGUCCGAGGGAGUAGGUAGGGUUUACCUGUGUGAUAUUGGGGUUCCUCGACAGGUGUUCCAGGAAGUUGGGAUCAAGUAUCAUUCUCCGUUCGGUUGUAAGUUUGUGGUGCCGUUGCACUCUGCGUAACUGAAGGGUUUCGAAUUACACAUGGACUCUUGGGCGCCUCCUACAUCUCUUGGGCGCCUCCUACGUCUCUUGGGCGCCUCCUACGUCUCUUGGGCGCCUCCUACGUCUCUUGGACGCCUCCUACGUCUCUUGGGCGCCUCCUACGUCUCUUGGGCGCCUCCUACGUCUCUUGGGCGCCUCCUACGUCUCUUGGGCGCCCCCUACGUUUGUUCUGAGAAGUAAUUUGAACUAUGUUUAACUGGACUGCAAUAACCUUUGACCUUCAGAUUGAACUUUGAACUCUCUCACUGACCAUUCAGGGUAGUGUUCACUAUGUGCGAAACUAAAGAAAACUCUGAAAUGAAAUGAAACUGGUGGAAGUUAGUAUCUGAACUUAAGAAAUGCUUGUUAGAAUGCCCUAAUAAACACAACCCCGGGUUUGGGGGAUUGACUACAAGCAGGCCUUAAAUUCUUGACAUUUAACUUAAGUGUUAAAAAGCAUUUAUCCUUUUUAUUACUAGUGACCCUCGAAGACUUGUCCAAUAUACAUUCAUGCAACAAUUUUACAGGAUUUAACCAAGGAAUGACAGGAGAAGUAUGACGAUGACAACCCUGGAGACAUGGCUGGAAACUCCUCUGACCACCUCCUUUUAUAAUAUAGACUAUAUCCUCAGAUAAUGUUGGGUUCAGAAACCCCCCUCCAGGAAAUACCAUCUCAGUGUUGGAAAAACUGGAGACCCCCCCAGGAAAUACCAUCUCAG